UAAAAAAGUCCGGGGAAUUAUUACACAGGUCGCCCUGAUGCUUUUCAGCUCAUUUGGGGUAGCAAGAGGAGAGGCGUGUCACAGUCCGCUGGUGUCGACUCUACUGCCAUCAUCCUUCAGGAGCUCUUCACAGUUGUCCAGCAGCCACGGGCCAGGCUUUGCUAAGCUGAACCGGAGGGAAGGUGCUGGAGGUUGGUCUCCUCUGAGUUCAGACAGGUAUCAGUGGUUGGAGGUCGACCUGGGUCGGCGGACACAAAUCACUGCUGUUGCCACACAAGGUCGCUAUGGCAGCUCCGAUUGGCUGACAGCCUACCUGCUGAUGUUCAGUGACACAGGACACAACUGGAAACAGUAUCGACAGGAGGACAAUAUAGGGGCCUUUCCAGGUAACAGUAACGCAGACAGUGUGGUCCACUACAAGCUCCAGCAUCCAGUGAUCGCUCACUAUGUCCGCCUGAUCCCUCUGGACUGGAAUCCCAAUGGUCGGAUCGGACUCAGACUGGAGACCUAUGGAUGUGCUUACAACUCUGAUGUGGUGAGCUUCGAUGGCCACAGCAGCCUUCUCUACAGGUUGAGUCCCAGGCCGAGGCAGAUGACCACGGAAAGCAUCUCUCUGAAAUUUAAAACCCUGAGGAACUCUGGGACGCUGUUUCACGCAGAGGGAUGGAGCGAGCACAGCCUCACCCUGGAGUUAGAGAAAGGAAAGCUCCUGCUUGUCCUCCGAAAAGGCAGGAGUUCUUCUCCAGACAGCCGGCAUCUCGUGUCUCUGGGCAGCCUGUUAGACAACCAACACUGGCACAAGGUCGCAGUGGAGCAUCACAGCAAUCACCUCAACCUCACUGUGGACAAAAACACAUUGUGGGUGCAGAUCCCACAGAGAUUCACCCACUGGGACCAUGACCAGAUGAGUGUGGGAGCAGGUCAGGGCCUCAGCUCUCGGAGGUCACUCGGGGCAAACAGAAAUUUCUACGGCUGUUUGGAAAACCUCGUUUACAACGGUGUGAACCUGGUGGACCUCGCUAAACAGAGAGACCAGCGGGUCACUGUGAAGGGCAAUGUGACCUUUUCUUGUGAUGAACCCAUUUUCGUUGCCAUGACGUUCACCAGCCCCCAGAGCUUCCUCUGGUUGCCAAGGGUUACUGAACCAUCGCUGAUGGACAUGUCAGUGGGGCUUCAGUUUCGGACGUGGAACAAGGCCGGGCUGCUGCUGACCUUUGAUCUCCCAAACCAAGAGGGUGCGGUCUGGCUGUACCUCAGCAAAGCCAUGCUCCAUGUACAGAUCCACAAGCCUGGCAGGGGGCCGCUGGAGCUCAGCGCAGGUUCAGCCCUGAAUGACGGUCAGUGGCACUCCGUGGAGCUGAUCUCCAGACGAGGACGUCUGACCAUCGCGGUGGACGGAGAUGAAGGAGCCACUGCUCAUGCCAGUCCCUCAUUUCUUGUUACCACAGGUCAACUUUUCUUUGGUGGUUGCCCCUCCCAAGGAAGCAGCCAGGGGUGUAUAAACCCCUCCAGAGCUUUCCAGGGCUGCAUGCGUCUACUGACUGUGGACAACCAACAGGUGGAUUUGAUCAUGGUGCAGCAGAGGCUGAUGGGAAACUACAGUCACCUGCAGAUCGACAUGUGUGGCAUCAUCGACAGGUGUUCUCCCAAUCGUUGUGAACACGGAGGCAGCUGCAGUCAGUCGUGGAGCACCUUUCACUGCAACUGCUCCAGCACCAGCUACAGCGGAGCAACCUGUCACAGCUCAAUAUACGAACAGUCCUGUGAGGCAUACAAACACAAAGGGAACACAUCGGGGUAUUAUUACAUUGAUGUGGAUGGCAGCGGACCCAUCAGACCACAGCUAAUAUACUGCAACAUGACAGAGGACAAGACGUGGAUGGUGAUUCAGCACAACAACACAGAACUGACCAGAGUUCGACCAUCACCGGGAAAGAAUCAGCACUCAGCUCGCUUUGAAUACGCAUCUGACGAGGAGCAGCUGGCGGCCGUCAUCAGCCAAUCAGAGCACUGCGAACAGGAACUGACCUACCACUGCAGGAGGUCACGUCUUCUCCACACACCAGAUGGCUCUCCACUCAGCUGGUGGGUGGGAGGUCCAGGUGAGGGAAAGAUGCUAACUUACUGGGGCGGGGCUCCACCAAGCAGCCAGCAGUGUGCCUGCAGCCUGCAGGGGAGCUGUGUGGACCCCAAACACCACUGCAACUGUGAUGCUGACCACACUGAAUGGGCUAAUGACUCAGGCCUGCUGACCCAUAAGGAGAACCUCCCUGUCAGAUCUCUGGUGCUGGGUGAUGUUCAGAGGCCUGGCUCAGAAAGCGCCUACAGGGUAGGACCUCUACGUUGCCAUGGAGACAAAAAUGUCUGGAACGCUGCAUUUUUUGACAAGGAGACGUCAUACCUCCACUUUCCCACAUUCCACGGAGAGUUGAGCGCAGACAUCUCCUUCCUCUUUAAGACCACUUCAUCCUCUGGUGUCUUCCUGGAAAACCUGGGCAUCAAAGACUUCAUUCGGAUUGAACUCAGCUCCUCCACUGAGGUCCUCUUCUCCUUCGACGUGGGUAACGGUCCGUUGGAGGUUGCUGUCAACGCUGGCUUCCCACUGAACGACAACAGGUGGCAUCGCAUUCGGGCCGAGCGUAAUGUUAAAGAGGCAUCGCUUCGCCUCGACGAGCUGCCUGCUGCCACGCAGGAGGCUCCUGCUGAUGGGCACAUCCACUUGCAGCUGAACAGCCAGUUAUUUAUAGGAGGCACGGCAUCCAGGCAGAAGGGCUUUCGGGGUUGUAUUCGCUCUCUGCAGCUGAACGGCGUCACCCUGGACCUGGAGGAGAGAGCCAAGAUCACCCCGGGGGUUCAGGCAGGAUGUCCAGGCCAUUGCAGCAGUUACGGCUCCCUCUGCCAGAACCAGGGACGCUGUGUGGAGAGAUCCAACAGCUUUUCCUGCAACUGCGGCCUGUCUGCUUACACUGGAGCCUUCUGCGACAGAGAGGUUUCAGCCAGCUUAAAGUCAGGAACCUCCAUCAGCUACACCUUCAAGGAGCAGGUGGUGAAGGAGCUAAACAGAAGCAACGGUGCCCUGCCCUCCGCCAUAUACCCAGACAUGACCCUGAGAGCAGAAAACAUCUCCCUGAGCUUCAGGACCAACCAGAGUCCCGCUCUGCUCCUCUAUGUCGGCUCUUACCAAAGAGAGUACCUGGCUCUGCUGCUCAACAAGCAUGACAAGCUAGAGGUGCGAUACAGACUGGACAGCAGCAAAGGUGCAGAAAUCCUGGCGAGCAAAGCGAGGGGCCUCGCCAAUGGACAGCUACAUACCGUUACUAUCAGCAGACUGGCAGAUGCCGUCUCUGUGCAGAUUGACCAGAACACCAAAGAGGACUUUAACCUGACAUCCGAUGUAGAAUUCAAUGGCAUCAGGUUCCUGGUUCUUGGCAGAGUGCACGACUCUGGUGAGUUGGGUCCGGAGCUGGCUCGGCUCGCCUCUCUGGGGUUCACGGGCUGCCUGUCCGCUGUCCUUUUUAACUCCGUCAGCCCUCUGAAAGCGGCUCUGCUCCACCCAGACACCAGCCCAGUCACCGUCAGCGGACCACUGGUCCAGUCCCCGUGUGGCUCCACCUCGACCAAUCCCUAUGCAGCAGAAACCACACAUCACCAAUCAGGCCAGUCUGGAUCAGUGGGAACAGGUCAGCCUUUAGUCAAUGCCAUCAGGAGAGACUCAGCUGUCAUUGGAGGUGUGAUAGCGGUGGUGAUCUUUGUGACUGUGUCUGCAUUAGCCAUAAUGGCCCGAUUCCUCUACAGGAGGAAAGGGAUGUGUCAGAGCCAGGGGAAAAAAACGGUAAAGCCUGACGACAGCCCGGAGAUACCGUUCAGCAGCCAGACCAGCUCGCACAACGGCCCGAGUGAGAACCGGAGGGAAUAUUUUAUUUAGGUUGAGGUUUGACCUGCUGCUGAGCUGCCGGUGUUGGAGCUGAGGAGACGGACAGAGACAGCGGUGCCUCGUCAAGCCUCAGUGCUUUACACUAAAAACUGAGCCUGAGCAGUGGCUCGACAAGACGGGAAGAUACAAACAGAAUGACACACUCAUGUUCUGUCUCCUUUUGUUUUGUUUCGUUUUUGCUUCUGUGGUUGUAUUUUUGUAAAGACUGUAUAUAGAUGCA